GUCUCGACAGAAGAGCCCCCCAAGCAGUCGGAGCUUCAGACCUUCUAUUUUAUUUGACAACCCCUCGUCCCCGUCUGUUUCUUGCAUCAUGGCAGGCAUCUUUGAAGCGCCGCGGAACGCGGACACCCUCUUCUUGGGUGGGCAGAAAAUCACCGGUGCUGAUGUUCGGGAGCAAAAUGUACUUGCGACACAGGCCAUUGCAAAUGUCGUCAAGAGUUCUUUCGGUCCUUCGGGUCUGGACAAGAUGAUGGUGGAUGAUAUAGGAGAUGUUACCGUUACCAACGAUGGAGCGACCAUUCUCAGUCUUUUGGAUAUUGAACACCCUGCUGGUAAGAUCCUUGUGGAUCUCGCCCAGCAGCAGGAUAAGGAGGUUGGAGAUGGAACUACUUCCGUCGUCUUGAUCGCCGCCGAACUCCUAAGACGUGCAAACGAGCUGAUGAAGAACCGGAUACACCCCACAACCAUCAUCAACGGCUACAGACUAGCCCUCAGGGAGGCCGUCAAGUACAUGAACGAAAACAUUACCGGAAAGGUCGAGACUCUGGGGAAGGAGAGCUUGGUUAACAUUGCAAAGACAUCGAUGUCCAGCAAGAUCAUUGGCUCAGACGCCGAUUUCUUCGCCAAUAUGGUUGUUGACGCUAUGCUUUUAGUGAAGUCUACAAACCAGCGGAACGAGGUCAAAUACCCGGUUAAGGCCGUGAACCUCCUCAAGGCUCACGGAAAGAGUGGAACUGAGUCGGUUCUCGUCAAUGGCUACGCUCUGAACUGUACCGUUGCUUCCCAGGCUAUGAAGACCCGGAUUCCUGAUGCCAAGAUUGCUUGUCUGGAUAUGAACCUGCAGAAGGAGAGAAUGAAGCUGGGUGUUCAGAUCACUGUUGACGACCCUGAUCAGCUGGAGAAGAUCCGUGAAAGAGAGUCUGGCAUCGUCCUCGAGCGUGUUGACAUGAUCCUCAAGUCCGGAGCGAAUGUUAUCCUCACCACAAAGGGUAUCGACGAUAUGGUCCUCAAGCUUUUUGUCGAGAGAGGCGCCAUGGCUGUCCGCAGAUGCAAGAAGGAGGAUCUGAGACGGAUAGCCAAGGCCAGUGGUGCCACUCUGGUCAGCACUCUCUCUGAUCUCAACGGAGACGAGAAGUUCGAAUCGUCAUACCUGGGACAUGCUGAGGAGGUUGUGCAAGAACGGAUAUCUGAUGAUGAGUGCAUUCUUGUUAAGGGAACCAAGGUUCACACCUCGGCUUCCAUCAUCCUCCGAGGACCUAAUGACUUCAGCUUGGAUGAGAUGGAGCGCUCGGUUCACGAUUCCCUGUGUGCUGUGAAGCGGACUCUGGAGAGUGGCAGCAUCGUUCCUGGUGGUGGUGCCGUUGAGACUGCCCUUCACAUUUACCUUGAGGAAUUCGCAGUCACAGUGGGCUCUCGUGAGCAAUUGGCAAUUGGCGAAUUUGCCCAGUCUCUUCUUGUGGUCCCCAAGACCUUGGCAGUCAACGCAGCUAAGGAUUCAUCUGAGCUCGUUGCCCAACUCCGAGUUCGCCACGCCCUCUCGCAGCGCGUGCAGGAAGGUGAUGCCAAUGAAGAAGAGAAGGCCAUUGCCAAGAAGAAGACUUACCGCAACUAUGGACUCGAUCUGAUGAAGGGACGUGUCCACGACUGCCUCAAGGCUGGUGUGUUGGAGCCUAGCAUGGGUAAAAUCAAGCAGCUUAAGAGUGCUGUUGAAGCCUGCAUAGCUAUUAUGCGCAUUGACACCAUGAUCAAGUUGGACCCCGAAAGACAGGAGGAUGACGGCCACGGUCACUAAGGGCCAGAGUCCUAACUGUGAUAUGGGUCCCUUAUGGAGUUUUAGAUAAAGGAGGGAAAAAUGAAGAAAAAUGAAUCUAAUAUGAAGAUGUCACGAGUACAAAUUGGGAUUGCAGUGCUGAUAUGCAGAUUUGUGCGUUAUACUGGCAGUAAUCAAAGAUAGCAAGUACAGUCACCAAAAGAACCAGCUAUGGAUAUAAUUGUCGAGUGGUUAUCUUUGAUCUUUCCAAAUGAACCAAUAUUCCUCCAGUUGUCCCUUAGUAGAUAGACACUCAUUAUUCUCAUAUGUUGAACUUGUCCUAAUUAC